CAUGUGUAUCUGAUACACUGUUGAAACAGCUGAGACAUAGAAGCAGAAAGUUCACUUCUCUGUUAAACUCGACAGAACCUCAGACGAUGGAUACUGUGUGUGGAGGAUGGACUGAGACAAGGGAUGCUGAUAAGGAAACUCAGUGGAUUUGUGAUCAGGUGAGGAGCCUCGUGCAGGGAAAGACCAACAAGAUCUACCAGGAAUACAGAGCAAUCAAAUACAGGACACAGGUUGUGGCUGGGACAAACUACCUCUUCAAGGUUUUUGUUGGAGGACCCAAUUACAUUCAUGUUCAGGUCUUCCAAGCACUUCCCUGUGACGGAGGACAUCUUGAGCUGAAAGGUGUCCAGGAGGACAAAACCCAAGACGACCCCCUCGAACCUAUCAGCAAUUAAAUAUUGACAGGCUGCAGUCUCUGCUUCUUCAUCCUGAAAUGAUUCCACACAAUGUUGAUUAACCAAACGAGAUUUUUGACUCUGAAUGUCACAUUACACAUAAAGAUGAAAAUGUUGCUGUUUGGCAGGAGCAAGUUGAAUGAACUCCUUUCUAAAGAAAUAAAGAAAGCCUGAAGCAUA